GCGACUGACGCGUUGUGUUGACGUGGAGACUGUUUUCACUUCGAGUGGGUCGUCCUGCCUAAGAAUUGCUUAUAGAAGGGAACAGUCAUGCUGGAUUUUGCUAUAUUUGCUGUGACCUUUAUCGUCGUUUUGGUUGGUGCAGUUGUGUAUUUGUACCCGUCAUCCAGAAGAGCCUCUGAUAUCCCAGGUCUGAGCCCCACCGAUGAGAAGGAUGGCAACUUGCAAGACAUUGUGAACAGAGGCAGUCUGCAUGAAUUUUUAGUGGCUUUACAUGAGGAGUUUGGCUCUGUGGCGUCGUUCUGGUUCGGUCGGCGGCUCGUGGUAAGCUUGGGCUCUGUGAACCAGCUGCGGCAACACAUCAACCCCAACCACACAACUGACUCGUUUGAAACGAUGCUGAAGUCGUUACUCGGUUACCAGUCAGAAACAGUGGGUGGGGGCAAUGAGUCUGUCAUUAGAAAAAAGUUGUAUGACAAUGCAAUCAACGACAGUCUGAAGAAAAACUUCUCACUGGUUCUCAAGCUAGUUGAGGAGCUGGUUGGAAAGUGGGUGUCAUUCCCAGAAUCUCAGCAGACGCCACUAUGUGCCCACCUGUUGGGUCUCUCCAUGAAGACCGUCACCCAGCUUGCCCUUGGCGAGCGCUUCAGGGAUGAUGCUGAAGUCAUAUCCUUCCGCAAGAACCAUGACGCGAUCUGGUCAGAAAUAGGGAAAGGCUACUUGGAUGACUCUCAGGAGAAGAGCAUCAGCAAGAAGGCACAUUAUCCAGCAGCUCUGUCAGAGAUGGAGUAUGUGUUACUGUCUGUGGCCAAGGAGAGAAAAGUCAAUCAGAAGCAGAUGGUGUUUGUGGACAUGCUACUGAAGUCCUCUCUCACAGAGCGACAGAUCAUGGAGGACUGUAUGGUGUUCACUUUGGCUGGAUGCGUCAUCACUGCCAACUUAUGUAUCUGGGUUCUUCACUUCCUGUCCACCUCGGAAGAAGUCCAGGAUAAAUUGUAUCAAGAGCUGGAAGAUGUUUUGGGUUCAAAUUCAAUUUCCUUAAACAAAAUCCCUCAGCUCAAAUACUGCCAGCAGGUACUGAAUGAGACAGUGAGAACUGCAAAGUUGACCCCCAUUGCUGCUCGACGUCAGGAAUUGGAUGGAAAAGUAGAUCAGCAUGUCAUCCCAAAAGAGACCCUAGUGAUCUACGCAUUGGGUGUAGUGCUGCAAGAUUCCAACACCUGGAGCGCAGCAAGCAGAUUUGACCCCGAUCGAUUUGAGGACGAUUCAGCUAGAAAGAGUUUCUGUCUGCUUGGUUUCUCUGGUAAUCAGACAUGUCCAGAGCUCAGAUUUGCGUACACGGUAGCUACUGUCCUGCUCAGCACAUUGGUGCGGAAGCUGAGGCUUCACCGGUUGGAGGGUCAAGUCCUGGAGGUCAGAUCAGAACUGGUUUCAGCGCCAAAGGAUGAAACCUGGAUAACUGUCAGCAGGAGAAAUUCAAAUUAGUGU